AUGAAGUCUUUUAACAUUAAAGUUUUAUCCAGAGUCUUACUAGAUCGAGAAGAACAAUUCGAUAAUGCAUCAAAUAGAGCAAAAAUUAUUUGGGAUAUAGCUCAACAUCUGGGUCAAGGUAAACAAAAGAACAUAGCAGCUGCUACUGGAGAUCCAAAUCGCGUAAUGUUAGACAACAUGGUAGAAGUAGUUCGCCAGUAUUCUUAUCCUACUUCUGUAGAAUUAGGUGAACUGAAAGAACUGCGCAAAGUAGCUGAAAGAAGCAGUUCAUUUCAGCCAAUAUUCAGUGCAGCUGGGAAAAUGAAUUUUCGGGAUAUUCAGCGCAUAAAUGUUUUAAGAUCAAUAUUGGCUGAAGGCAAAUCUGAUUAUAAUACCAUGAAAAGUACAUAUGAAGCAGAUGGAAAACAAGGCUUAAUAAAGGAAUUAGCCAAGUUGCAAAUUACAAGGAAAGAUCAACAACAUGAUUUAUUAGAGAUAUUGGAUUCCCAUUUUGAUCCAAAACGUACUGCCACUUUCCCCAAUACAAAAAUGCCAAAAAAACUGAAAAUAGGAAAUUAA